AUGACUCAAUCAUCGAACAGGAAACGCACUAGUACUAGUUGUAUUCUUGAACAUCUUUUCCUCGCGCGAAUCAGGUAUCAUAAAGAAAACAGCGCCAACUUUAGACUGCCUACUGGACUUCAGGAACCUGUCAAGCGGCAUCCUUAUCUGAGGGUCUAUGCGCUACUGAAGAAGACUCUUCCCCUUCCUCGCUUCUCCGCGCAGAGCGGCAGUGCCUUCUUCAUGUGCGCAGAUUUCCUUCUUUCCAAAUCUGCGCCACAGCUUAGAUCAUCACCAAUUCACCUGCUCUCGCUUCGAGUCUAUCUAAGACUGCAGGAUAAAUAUGACACUGAGUAG